GUUGCAUGUGUAUCUCAGACGCCCAGUGCCACAACUUCAACUCACGGGAUCGACUCCUGGCAAACAGAUACAGCCGUGGUGAAGGAUGCUGUCUCCCUGGGAAACGUCACCUCCAUUCCAUGGCCCACCGUUCUGGAUCAGGCUAGGGUUACCCAGGGCCACCGACUUUGCAAUGGCCGAGCUGAGGAGAGGUGGGUAGCUGGAAGGAUUACGGCCAAGCGAGUGAGCGAGUGAGAGCACAGCCACCGAGGCCAUUACGGGCUCAGAGGUGCUGAAGAAUGUUCCGGUGAAAAGGCCACGCAGGUGAAAGCUGCGUUUGAUCAAUGGGAGAGGCGCGUGUCAGCACUGGUGAGACCCUGGCCGCCGGUGCCGGCGGGAGAAAGACAGAGGAAAGGGAAUGGAGAAGAAGAAGAAGAAAAGAAAAGAAAAGAAAAGAGAGAGGACUUAGGUGAGCCCUGACACGAAGCAGGAGGUCUGCCACGACGGCUCACCUUUGAGCUGCUGCUGAGGUCAUUGAUUACGGGACGACACGGCCUUCACAGGGGGCCUGUGUGAGCAUCACCCUAUAGUUUGGGUCGUGGACGUGGCCAACAUGGCGGCUGGAAACACACAUGUGGUGUCAGAUGCAGCUGACGCUCGCAGAGCCAGACUGCUGAGGGCUCUGCGGGUUCAAGAGGUCAGAAAGCAGUGCAGCAGAGUCGGGCCGGACGGUGGGGUUUCGGCCGUGUUGUUUGGACUUCAUAAGUGUUGAGACCGUGGCCGCGCCACGGCGGAGCGGUUUCUGAGAUGAAGCGUCUGUGCGAGCAGCUCUGACAGCUCCAAUGAAGAGCAGAGGCAUCCCCGUACAAUGAGGAAAAGGCUCUCUGUGACGUUUAUAAGCAGCCUCUGAGCAGCACGUAACAUUUCCUCGAGCAGCUCGUCCAGCGCCGGAGGCCAACAAACAUGGACUGUUUUCCCAUGCUUUAUUUUCUGUCGAGACAUCAUGAUUCCUGGUAAUCGAAUGCUGAUGGUCAUUUUGCUAUGCCACGUCCUGCUGGGGGAGAGAAGCCAUGCCAGUCUGAUACCCGAGGAAGGGAAGAGUCGCGCGCCAACCGGCCUGCCUGCCGCCGCCCACCGCCAGAGCCAUGAGCUGCUCCGCGACUUCGAGACCACGCUGCUGCACAUGUUCGGCCUGCAGAGGCGCCCGCGGCCCAGCCGCUCCGCCGUCGUGCCCCAGUACUUGCUGGACCUCUACCGCCUGCAGUCCGGCGAGGCCGAGGAGGCCGGGGCCGCCUCCGCCACUGCAGGGCCGCACGACGCCGGCUUCGAGUACCCCGAGAGGUCGACUAGCCGCGCCAACACUGUGAGAGGCUUCCACCACGAAGAGCACCUGGAGCAGCUGCCACUGGAGGGCUCAGCGGCCGGGGAGUCGUCGUCGCCGUCGUUCCGCUUCCUCUUCAACCUGAGCAGCAUCCCCGAGGAGGAGCUGCUGUCCACGGCCGAGCUGCGCAUCUACCGGGAGCGCGUCGACGAGGAGGAGGAGGAGACGGGAGGCGACGAGGACCUGCAUCGCAUCAACGUGUACGAGAUCCUCAAGGCGCCGCACGCGAGCCAGCUCAUCACGCGGCUGCUGGACACGCGGCUGGUGCGGCACAACUCCACGCGCUGGGAGAGCUUCGACGUGAGCCCCGCCGUGCUGCGGUGGACGCGCGAGCGCCUGCCCAACCACGGGCUGGCCGUGGAGGUGCUGCACGUCGGCGGCGCGUCGUCGCCCCACCAGGGGCGCCACGUGCGCGUCAGCCGCUCGUUGCACCAGAAGCCCGGCGAGGACUGGGGUCAGCUGCGCCCCCUGCUGGUCACGUUCGGCCACGACGGGAAAGGCCAUCCGCUGACGCGCCGCGCCAAACGGAGCCCCAAGCAGCGCGGGCGCAAGCGCAACCGGAACUGCCGGAGGCACGCGCUCUACGUGGACUUCAGUGACGUGAAUUGGAAUGACUGGAUAGUGGCGCCCCCUGGCUACCAGGCGUACUACUGCCACGGGGACUGCCCCUUCCCCCUGGCAGACCACCUGAACUCCACCAAUCACGCCAUUGUGCAGACGCUGGUGAACUCGGUCAACACCAACAUCCCCAAGGCCUGUUGCGUGCCCACGGAGCUCAGCGCCAUCUCCAUGCUCUAUCUGGACGAGCACGACAAGGUGGUGCUCAAAAACUACCAGGAGAUGGUGGUUGAGGGGUGUGGCUGUCGUUGACGACGGAGAGAGUGGUUGGCACCAAGGCAUCGACACAAACUGCUCCCCCCCCCCCCCCUCACUCCCCUCUCUACACACACACAGACACACGCACACACUCUCAAGGCCUGAUUUUACACCAAAAUAUCUUCACUCGGACCCCUUAUUUAUAACGUGUAUGUUGAGAUGUAUGUUUGUCUCAUCCUUUUUUUUUGUUUUUCUCAACCAUAUGAUCAUAUAUUUUGACAAAAUAUAUAUAUUUAUAUCUACAUAUAAAAAAAAAUAAAAUGAGUCCUUAUUUUAAACACAAAUGAAAAAAAAAACUGUACAACUUUUCAUAAUGUAUAUUAGAUUGUAUACGUUUUUUUAAUGAGAAAAUAGUUAAAAAGCAGAAAAAAAGAGCAAAGUAAAGUUUAUUUACUGGUAAUAUUUAUUGCUUUCAUAUUAUACACAUUUACAAGGGAAGAGGAUUACUUAACGUAAACGUCCCUUCAACAUUUCAUCUCAGCCUGAAAAGUCUCCAGAAGCAGCAUUUGUGUACUUAAAUUAGAGCACUGUGUGAGGUUAUCAAAAUAUAGCCUAACUAUAUAUUUUAAAUCAGUGGAAGUAAUCUGAAAUGUAUAUUGUUUUUAAUUCACAUUUUUACAUUGCCCCCUAGUCAUUCUUAGACCUCCUUUGAAAAAUUGGUCAUUGAUGUUUUCAUUUAUAGAAAAUUGUAAGACAAAAAACACAUGAGUUUCAAUGAAAUAAAAGAUCACGAGGCCCAUAACUGUAUUAGUUAGGCUAUGUGGUUUUGGACUGAUGUUUUUUUACAAAACAUAAUCUUGGGUUUUUAAGUGUACACAAAUAAGUUUUGGAAUUUUUGAUAGCACCGGUUAAUAUUCUACUUUUUGUCCCACUUAAAUAAAAAAAAUGUUCAGUUUGACACAA